AUGAGUGAUCACCUGUCGGAAAUAUGCAAGAGUGACGAAAUCGAUGCUGUUUUGGAGUGCCUCAAAAGGUUGUGCCCUGGACGCGCUGUGGUCAUCGACGCCAGCAGUGACUUGAAGGAAGAUGAAGAUGGAGGUCCAACCCUUUUCUGUCAGGCAGCCAACAUUAGCUUUGAGUCACACAUAGUGGCGCAACACAGUUUUGGGGGUGCAUGGAGCCACCAAGAUGAUGAUGGAAGGACAGCGCUCCAUUGGGCAGUGGCGAUGCAGAGCUACUCGCUAGCUGGGAAACUCAUGAGUGCUCCAUAUCAUGCUCUCGUCUACAGCGUGGACCACGACGGGGCGUCUCCGUUUUUGACCGCGUGCAUGGUUGGGGCUCCUAUACAGUUUCUGACCACUAUCUUGUCAAAGGCAGCGGAGCAGAGGAGGUGGAAUGUCGCACAACAGCUAUUUUGGGAUAGUAAACGCGGGGAAGCCAGUGUAAACACGGAAGAACCUCUUGCUGAACAUCGCAUUGCCGUUGUCAACCAACCUGACAACAGUGGCAACACACCACUCCUUCACGCAGCCAGCCGUGGGAGACUCACCAUUGUCAGUUUUCUGCUGCAGUCUGGGGCUUUCAUUGCCCAUACAAACAAACGUGGGCAAUCCGCACUUCAUCGUGCAAUUGGUAGGGGCUCACUGGAUGUUGUUGAGGAGCUUGUGGGUGCGAGUCGAAAACGGCAUACUGAAGUAGAGCACAAGCGGUGGAUUAACCUUCAAGACUACCGUGGUGAUACUGCGUUGUUUUAUGCCUCAAUGGAUAACAACGAGGAACUUGGCCGAUAUCUGCUGCGUCAAGGUGCUGACCGCAACGUGAGGAAUAAAGAGGGAAAAGAAUUCUGGGAGGUUUAA